AUGAUUUCGCUCUAUGUAUGGAUACUGCUUGUUAAGGAAGCUUUUGGUUCCAUAUAUAUAAAGGUUGAACCCCUUGUUAAGACUGAUAAAUCAGAUAUAGACAUCAGGUGUAUCGUUGAUGGCACCUCCCUUAAACGCAUUUUGAAUAUUCAACUGAUUAGAACAAACAAAAGAAUUGUGAUCAUAAACAAAAACGGAGUCACAUGGGAAGACACAGCGUUGGAAAAUACAACGGGGGUAAAAAUCAACGCGUCAAUUAGCAAUAACACGUCAUCGUAUCUACAUUUGAAGAUUCCAAAGACAGUGGUCAGAUAUCCAGAGGACUUGGGGUCGUAUCAGUGCUCUGUUUACGCUCUAGACUUGAAAAACGGAUUGGUUAAUAGUUCUUCUCAGACUGUAAACUUCACAGGGCUUCGUGAAACAACGAUUGCUACCCCUGACUUCACAACAGCUUUCUCCACGGAACAGUUUGUACCAGAAGGAACUUCUAAAAGUAAUAUAACAGGAGGGACUUUCAUAAGUAAUGUAACAGAUGGCCCUUCGGAUCAUAAUAUUUCAAAGGUUUAA